AUGGCUAGUGAAGCCAAAGAGCACCUUUGCUGUCCGACCUGUUUGGACAUCUUUAAAGAUCCUGUCAUGCUGCCAUGUAGUCACAACGUCUGUCGUGCAUGUUUGCAGCAGUGGUGGAAGGACAAAGAAGAUCGAUCAUGUCCAGUCUGUAGAAGGUGUAGUUCGAUUGAUAUACAUUCGAACUUGACCUUGAGGAAUCUGUGUGAGGACUUUUCACAAGCUUUAGUGAAGCCAAAGGAGAUCUGCAGGCUUCACGAUGAGAAACUGAAACUCUUCUGUUUGGACCACCGGGAAUCUAUCUGCCUGGUCUGCAGAGAUGCCAAAAUCCACGCUGGCCAUAAGUUCUGUCCUCUGGAUGAAGUUCCACAAUAUCACAAAGAGGAACUACAGAAAGCUCUGCAGGAUGCAAAGAAAAGAUGGGAUGAUUAUACUACGACUAGAGACAAUUGCACUGAACAAGAAGAGUAUAUCAAGGUCCAGAGGAACCAGGUUGAAAGCAAAAUUAGGCAAGAUUUUGCGGAGCUUCAUCACUUUUUGCAUGUUGAGGAGGAGAAAAGAUUGUCUGCUCUGAGAGAGGAAGAGCAGAAGAAAAGACAGAAUAUGAAGGAAAAGAUUGAGGCUCUAAACAGAGAUAUGGCCGCCCUCUCAGACAUGAUCAGAACCACAGAGGAGAUGACAUCUGACCAUGAUUCCUUAAUGAAAAACUUCCGGGACGUAAUUACCAGGAUCCAACUCUUGCCUGAUGAACCCGAACUACUCCCAGGAGCUCUGCUGGAUGAAGUCAAACAUGUGGGCAACCUCAAGUUCACUGUAUUGGAACAAAUGAGGGAGAUGGUUUCCUACAGUCCUGUGAUUCUGGACCCAAACACUGCCAUUCAAACACUCAGGCUGUCUGAAGAUCUGACGAGUGUGAGUUCUAAAGUCGGAGGCCAGCGCCCAAACAAUCCAGAGAGGUUAAACUGGAACGCUGUGCUCGGUUCUGCUUUGGACUCAGAAACGCACACCUGGGAUGUUGAGGUAGGAGACAACAAAGACUGGCGACUGGGGAUAGCGUGGGGGGACUCUCCAGUUAACAUCACUUCAUGGAUCAUCGGAUGUCGUGAUGGUAAAUACAAAAUGAAAGGACCAUAUGGAUCCUGGAAUCCACCGGUGAAACUGGAGAGGAUCCGAAUUCGUGUGGACAUGAACGAAAGAUCAGUUUCCUUCUUUGAAUCUACUACAAACACAAAAUUAGACUUAAAGACCCCUUCCACUUGGCCACAAUUAUCUGGUAACAAGAAAAUGUAUCCUUACUUCUACACAAAGGAUAAAAGUCCUCUGAAAAUAACACCACUUUCAGUUUGCGUGAUGACUCAAAACCAGCUCAAAGCUUGCAGUGUCUUCACUCGGACCAUGGCUAGUGAAGCCAAAGAGCACCUUUGCUGUCCGACCUGUUUGGACAUCUUUAAAGAUCCUGUCAUGCUGCCAUGUAGUCACAACGUCUGUCGUGCAUGUUUGCAGCAGUGGUGGAAGGACAAAGAAGAUCGAUCAUGUCCAGUCUGUAGAAAAAGGUGUAGUUCGAUUGAUAUACAUUCGAACUUGACCUUGAGGAAUCUGUGUGAGGACUUUUCACAAGCUUUAGUGAAGCCAAAGGAGAUCUGCAGGCUUCACGAUGAGAAACUGAAACUCUUCUGUUUGGACCACCGGGAAUCUAUCUGCCUGGUCUGCAGAGAUGCCAAAAUCCACGCUGGCCAUAAGUUCUGUCCUCUGGAUGAAGUUCCACAAUAUCACAAAGAGGAACUACAGAAAGCUCUGCAGGAUGCAAAGAAAAGAUGGGAUGAUUAUACUACGACUAGAGACAAUUGCACUGAACAAGAAGAGUAUAUCAAGGUCCAGAGGAACCAGGUUGAAAGCAAAAUUAGGCAAGAUUUUGCGGAGCUUCAUCACUUUUUGCAUGUUGAGGAGGAGAAAAGAUUGUCUGCUCUGAGAGAGGAAGAGCAGAAGAAAAGACAGAAUAUGAAGGAAAAGAUUGAGGCUCUAAACAGAGAUAUGGCCGCCCUCUCAGACAUGAUCAGAACCACAGAGGAGAUGACAUCUGACCAUGAUUCCUUAAUGAAAAACUUCCGGGACGUAAUUACCAGGAUCCAACUCUUGCCUGAUGAACCCGAACUACUCCCAGGAGCUCUGCUGGAUGAAGUCAAACAUGUGGGCAACCUCAAGUUCACUGUAUUGGAACAAAUGAGGGAGAUGGUUUCCUACAGUCCUGUGAUUCUGGACCCAAACACUGCCAUUCAAACACUCAGGCUGUCUGAAGAUCUGACGAGUGUGAGUUCUAAAGUCGGAGGCCAGCGCCCAAACAAUCCAGAGAGGUUAAACUGGAACGCUGUGCUCGGUUCUGCUUUGGACUCAGAAACGCACACCUGGGAUGUUGAGGUAGGAGACAACAAAGACUGGCGACUGGGGAUAGCGUGGGGGGACUCUCCAGUUAACAUCACUUCAUGGAUCAUCGGAUGUCGUGAUGGUAAAUACAAAAUGAAAGGACCAUAUGGAUCCUGGAAUCCACCGGUGAAACUGGAGAGGAUCCGAAUUCGUGUGGACAUGAACGAAAGAUCAGUUUCCUUCUUUGAAUCUACUACAAACACAAAAUUAGACUUAAAGACCCCUUCCACUUGGCCACAAUUAUCUGGUAACAAGAAAAUGUAUCCUUACUUCUACACAAAGGAUAAAAGUCCUCUGAAAAUAACACCACUUUCAGUUUGCGUGAUGACUCAAAACCAGUGA